CGUCGCAGCGUUGCCAACAGCGAUGGACAUCGUAUUCGCGUGCGACGACAUCCCCGUGAGCUUGAUUGACGACUAGUCCGAGGUCGAACGGAGUCGAAUGCCCGCAGGCGCGACCCUAACCGGCUCGCGCAUCAGCGCGUGCCCGGCAACCUAACCAUCCUUUAUCCAUCUGGAUUCUGCGCACCAACAUACUUGCGAUGAGAACGGAACGAGCAGAGCUAUCUCAGCCGCGACUCAACAACAAACGCUCCUGAGGAUGUACAUGUAGGCCGGACGAACGGCCGUACGUUUUCCCUACGUCUCUGCGAAGGAGUCAUCCCAAUCUUGCGCAUCUCCCACCAUGCCCCCACCGUCGGUCUCCCAGGACACCUUCAAGUCCCUGCUUGGCAAGCUCGUAAAAACACCCGAAUACUUCACCGCCGAAGACCUCAAGGUCGCGCUCGAGUGCAUCUUCACACCGGAUGUCGUCCACCCGGUACAAAUCGGAUCCUUCCUGACCGCGUUGCACAUCGAGCGUAUCGAGCGCAGGCCCGAGUUCCUUGCGGCUGCCGCGAACGUCCUCCGGGCACGCGCGUUGAAGGCGGCGAUUGAGGGCAUCGAUGAUGACUUCGUAGUGGACAUAGUCGGGACAGGCGGCGAUGGGCACAACACCUUCAAUGUGAGCACGACCGCGGCGAUCGUUGCGGCAGGCGCAGGUGCGCGCGUAGUCAAGCACGGAAGUCGCGCGUCGACCUCUUCCUCCGGGUCUGCAGACCUACUCCAAUCUCUAGGCUGCUACUUUACCCCGCCUUCUGCCGAUGCCCCGCUUCCCAUCUCUCGCAUCCCCUUCACGUUCAUCAUGGCCCCUCAAUACCACCUCUCUCUGGCCAUGAUCGCCCCAUACCGGAAGGCCCUCCCGCACCGCACGAUGUUCAACGUCCUCGGCCCCCUGAUCAAUCCCGCUCGUCCGCGCGGGAUGGUCCUCGGCGUCGCCGAGCGCGAGCUCGGCCCGACCUUCGCACACUCCCUCGCCGACGGCGGCGUCCAGCGCGCGUUCGUGGUUUGCGGCGCCGAGGGGCUCGACGAGAUCUCCUGCGCGGGCGACACCUUCGUCUGGGAGCUCCGUCCCGACGGUUCCGUGGCCGAGCGGACCGUACACCCUCGCGACUUUGGGCUCGAGGCGCACCCCCUGUCCGAGGUCGCGGGGGCAAGCCCGGAGGAGAACGCGGCGACGUUCCGCGCGCUGCUGCAGAGCGGGAAGGAUAUCCCGGAGAAGCUGACGCCGGUGCUGGACUUCGUCCUGAUGAACGCCGCGGCGCUGUUAGUCGUGGCGGGGAUCGCGGAGGAUCUGAAGGAUGGGGUGGCGAAGGCGAGGGAGAGCAUCACGUCUGGGAAGGCGUGGAAUGCCCUCGAGCAGUUCCGGGAUGCGGGGCUUGCGGCCGCGUCGCAGGCGCAGAACUCUGGAUCGCAUUCUGGACCCAUCUACACGGACGGAACCUCAGCUGCGACACAUAGAGUCCGCGCGGCCAAGUACGACCCACCAUGUCGCGGACGGGGCCAGGACGCCGGACGGACCUACUCCAUCCCGAAGCUCAACACCGUCACGCAGUCCACGGCGAACACAGAGCCCGACCUCCUUCCGGACGCCGAUGUCACCGAAGGGCUGCUCUCCGAGCCUUUGCGGCGGUUCACCCUCCCAUCCGUCCCCCGCGACGGGACCGCUCCCUCCAUACAGCCCGAGAACUUCAAGUAUCUCGGCUCGUAUAACUGGCUGGAUAGUCCGAACCCGACUAUCCUCGUGCCAGGUUCCCCUCGGAUAUGGCGCGAUCGGCCACUGCCCUUCCGCGUACCGUUUGACGAAGGGUUACAUAUAUUUGAUCCAAACGGCUACCAUAUGGGCUCGUCAGGGUCCUCUCCUCUCAUCCCCCUCUUCUGCGCUGUCGACGCCGUCGCAGAGGACAACGCCGAUACCACGAUGGACUGGCCCUCCAUCGACAUCAUCGCCGACCGCAGCAGCCUCCGCAAACUUCUCCGAUGGUUAGGCGGCGCCAAAACAGUCCUGAUGCAGCGCUGGGACACGCAUACGUGCCAGUACGCGACUCCACCGCUUGCGGGCUGCCGCUUCAACUUUGAAAUGACCAUAACUACACCCGCGCCGGGUUGUGAGUCGUCGUCCGGGCACUAUCGGAUCGUGCAAUAUGAACUUGGCGGCGUCCGAAUGGUCAUCCGCUUCGAGGUCGACGCGCAGGCCGCUACUGCACCCGCGCACUCGCGCGACGACGCUGAGAUGCCAGACAAGCUGUCUGAAGCCCUCGCAGGCCUCUCAUUGGCCUGCCGGACAUCAGCGAACAUAUCUCGUACGCCCGCGCCCCUCGCACCAUCCCCGGAAGACCCAGACGCCGUUGUUACGGUCAUUCGGGGCGUCCACUACCUCGCGGUGCACCAACGCGGGGUGUUCGAAACCAUCAACACACGUCCUCUGAACUCACCCCAGUUCCAGAGGGUCGCGGCACGGGAUGGGACGCUUGUCGCGGAACACGGCCGUCGCGGCCGGCUGAGUUUAGUCUGCCGAGGAGGCAGAUUGGAGGCGUUCGAGCGCGGCGAUGGUAAUGAUGUCGGCUGCUUACCAGAUCCAUCGCGCCAGAAUGAGCCUGCUCCAUACAAAUUUGAAGUGCCCUGUCGUAGUCGUAAGACCAAGGAAAGUCUCACGAACGGAGUCUUUAGCUUUGUACCCACAGGUUACACUUCGUCUGCGGUCUGCUCGGAAAAGCAUCGAGGCGGAUUAUCACUGCGCCUUGAUGCGCCUGUGGCUCCACCACACGCGAAGAUCGCAUUCAGCUCCAAGGGACGGUCACACAGGCUGCGAUACCGCGACAUGCAAGCGAGCUGGAACUUCUUCAUUCUCUCUACGCCGGGCGCCUCCACGAUCAUCCUCUCCGUCGUCGCUGCUUUUGUCGCCGUUCAGGCGGCGCCUGCUGCUUUCCAGAAGCGUGAAGUCGACCCGGCCCUCGUUCCCGACUUCGGUGUUGUGCCCGGUACUGGCGCUGACGGCACUGGUAACUGCCUUGGUCUUAACAACAUCAAGAUCCCCUGUGCCUGCCCUCCCGACCGUAACUCGUUCAUUGCUUCAUUGAACGCGAACGUCAACGCCGGCCACAUGAUUAACAACCCGCCCAUUGCGGCGCCCUUCCCGACGGGCAACUCGAAGGGAGAACAGCAGGCGCGUAUCGCGACCCUCCUGUCGACCCUCCAGAACCUUCACGGUCCUGGUGUCGGCUGCCCUGCCGUUUCGACCGUCUACGGCCAGCUCCAGCAGCAGAUCAACGCGCUCCCGAACUAAGGAGAUGCUGCAUGGGCUGUGAGGACAAAAAUCACGCCCAACGUGGGCGGUGACAUAGGGGAGACCAGGCAGGGUGCUGCUGUCCAGGCUUCGUAUGUGUUCUAGAUAGUAUACCUCAAUCGACGGGUGCCAGCCACCCUGUUCCAGCUGUCAAAUUCGUGCUUGGUGUGACGUCUUGUCCCUUGAUCCUGUCGGGCCCAUUCGGAGGCCCAUGCGCACGAGUCGCAUACAAGCAUUUGGGACUAUGACUGACUCGGGUGAUCGGAAGUUCGCACUUGCAGUCCCGCUUGGGAAAUAGAAGACCGCCGCGGGCGCGAGCAGCCCCAAACUCGCAGCAGGAUGAUCCUCGAACGCUGCCAACGCAAUCC